GGAUGAGCCAGGCUUCGUUGUAUAUUUUCUCAAUUGAAUCAUAAUCUUCUAUUAUGAAGAGACCAGUACAACAAAUUAUCAACGAGGACGUUGACACAAAGAGAACUGCUGUCUGAGAUAUUACACAUUCUUUGAUAAACCAAAAACGGAUAAAACAACAUGGUCGUCGGUGACUCGUCACCUCUUCCUCCUUCCACCAUGGAAGCGAUCCUAUCAGGAUCAUCACAGCUCUUCUCGUGGUCUUUUUUGCAGAGCCUAACUACAUCAAUAUUGGAGACGGCGGGACAGCGGACAGCCUUGCCGGCUCCGCUUCCAUCGAUGCCAGUAGGUGAGCUCCAACUUCACCGUGGAUCCACCAGCAUGGAAAAAAUGGACUUCGAAGACUUCGAGGGCAACUACCUGGAACGAGCACCCCUCCGCCGUCUAGCUUCUCCCUCUACCCAGCCCGUGCUCACAGAAGCGGACCAAGGACUCAGAGUGCGCGUUCACGUGCUAUUACUGGUGACGGCUUUGGCGGCGGGGUAUGGGGUCUACGUGACGAAGUACGAAGGAUGGAAAAAUAUGAUGAAAAAUGCUCCUUCUGCAUCACAUUCAAGCGCAGGACUCGAUGAUGGAGUUGACGACGCUCGACGAUUCAAAAUGCACUAUCUGGCGGCGUAUUUGCUGGCGAUGCUAGGCGAUUGGCUGCAGGUGUUCGGGAGAUGUUCGAUUUAGACUUGUGAGGGAAUAAUUUUUACAAUAUCUGCAUCUACGUCCAACAUAAACAUUCAUCCGCCUUGAUGUUCAUCGAUCCCGCUCCAACACCUACCUUGACGAAAUCAACAGGGCCCCUACGUGUACGCCCUCUACGCUGCCUAUGGCUUUUCGCAUGAGGAUAACAGCAGAUUGUUCAUCUUUGGAUUCGGGAGCUCGAUGUUGUUCGGCACCUUCAUUGGCGGAUACGCUGACAAGUACGGGCGAAAAAAGUUCGCCAUACUCUAUUGUGCGGUCUACGCUUGUUCCUGCAUGACCAAACACUUCAACUCGUUCUUCAUGCUGUCGAUUGGACGAAUCUUAGCUGGGAUCGCGACUAGUCUGCUGUACUCGGUGUUCGAGUCCUGGGUAGUGUGUGAGCAUGGCAACCGUGAAUUCCCUGACUCAGUGCUUGGUGAUAUUUUUUCACUGUCAAUCUUCGGAAACUCCUGCGUGGCGAUCGGUGCAGGGUUCGUAGCGCAGUGGGUCUCGGAUUUGUAUCCGUUCACCAAAUUGUCAGAGACGAUUUUUAUGACUGUAGUACUUGAUGUCGUGACUGUAGUCAUUCAGCAUGUUGUAGAAGUAGUUGAUAUUUGCGGGUCCUAGAGAGCAACCCCCGCUGUGCCUGGGGCGAUAAUAAAUUCGCGAGUUUCUGCUCGCUGCAUGCCUUCUGACAGCCCCACUGACUUUCCCUACUCCCUUCUAACCUCCACAUCGGGCAAUACACGAAUCCUUUCGACUUCGCAGCUUUUAUCUUGGCAGGUUGUGGUUUGCUGAUUCAUACCUUCUGGACAGAAAAUGUUGGUGGAACGGCUAUUGAAGAGCGUGAAGACGGAGGCAACAUGAUAAAGAAAUCCACAGGAGAUGGACAUGGUUCACCCAGUGCAAUAGGCCGUGGAUCUGCCUCUCCAGCUAACAAAAACGCACCAGCGUCUGGGUCAAACAGGGGCGGAAGAGGUUCAGGAAAGCUAGAGGACAUUGAACUAGAAGAGGAGCCGGUUGUGGUGUUGUCUGCGGACGUCGGCGAAGAAAUUCAGCAUCAGUCGGACUUCCAUGAAGCAUGGCAUAUCCUUAAAACCAAUACUGAAGUUCGCUGUUUGGCAUUGAUUUGCGGUUUCUUCGAGUCGUCGAUGUUCAUCUUCGUGUUCUUGUGGACGCCAGCGAUCAUGCAGGCUGACGGUGGUGGCAUCAAGAAUCCGCCGUUUGGUCUGGUUUUUGCGCUCUUCAUGCUUGGAUGCAUGGCAGGCAGCUGCCUGUUCUCGUGGCUCACGACGUUAUGAUAUUUUUGUUGACGUGAUGAAGAUGAACUAGAUUUUGGACUUGAGCUCGCGGUUGAGGAGCGCGUGCAAGACAAUGGGCCUACAGCAAUACCAGUUCUUGAAUUUGUUGAAGGAUUGCUGAUUUGCAAAUUGCACCUUUUGUCUACUUGUACCUAAGUACUUAGUUAGUAGUUGGUUUGUCAAACUUCUCCUGACAAUGCCUCCGCUUUCAUCAUCCCCAGCAAGCGAAGGCGGAUCGGCAUCAGAAUGGGAAACACCGAAAUUGGCGUUUCUGAUAUUCGUCCUCUCUGCAUUGGCUCAUGGGCUCGUUGUUUUUAUGUGAGUGAAUAGUUGUUGAAGUGGACAUAAUUGCUGAUGUUCAUUGAGAAAGUUGGAAAAACUAAGUACUAUAUUCAACGGAAAGGGUUUUUGAUCUUCACUCACUUUGAAUGCGCAUGUUGUAGUUUUCUGGUACUAUGUGAUCAUAUCUUCCGGCUACAGCACCGGGACCAGUCUACUUUCUUUCCUCCUAAAGGUUCAAGUUAUAUAGAGCAUAGUGUCCAAAUCCAAUCACAUCAUUCCACCCGUGCCGUCGAGCAAGGACCCUUUCCACCCAACACGUUCCUCUUUCAUUUCUCUAUCCAGUGGCAGCUUCUUGAUUCUGUCAGCCUUCGUGCUAUUCGAGAUUUGCGUCGGGCUAUACUUCCCAACGAUGGGGAUGUUGAAGAGCAAAAUCGUGCCAGAAAGUUGUCGUUCGACAAUGUACAACUUUUUCUUAUGAUCGAUGCCGAUCGCAUUUGGUAGCUGUAGAUGUCGACGAUGGAGAAGAAGAUGUACCUUCUAGGUAGAACUAUGAUCUAGUUCUUCUUGGGAGAACACAUGGAAAUUCUGGGGGCUAGCACGCGUCACAUUGAUGACACAUGGGGUACACCACCAGGGUGAGGGGCGAGACCUCCGUAAACAAUCCUAUUUCAGGAAGAUGCCAUAAAUCACAACCUCUAAUCUUCCGCGUACCUCUGAACUUCAUUGUGUGCUGCGUACUUUUGUCGAAUGUGCCAGUGAAAUUGGGUUUUACUCUGACAACGGCUUUGCUCUCGAGUUGCGUCUACAUGCUUUUCCUCAUGUUCGGUGCGGGACCUUUGUUAUGACUUCUAAGCCUAUCGUCCUAGUACUAGGACUCGUACUAUCAUGAUUGGUAUCGGACGAGUACUUGUUGAACAAAGAAGCAGCUGUUAUUUCGUAAUUUUUUGCUGUUGUUCUAAUUUUGACCGGUGGUAGCAGCACGACUAACGCAGCACGUGACAUUGCAAACGGCAGUCGAAUUGAUGGCGACGGGGUCUGACAUGGGUGGCGGAUCAUUGAAGAUAUCGUACGAAAAAACUCUAUUUAUAAAUAUGUAUCAGGGAGGGAGGCCCCCCCUGUGGAUGGAGCGGUGGUGGCGUCAAUAAAAAAAGUUGAGGUCUCUCUGUAUUCGGUUUGGUUCCUCGUCUAGAUACAACUCGUGAACAGCUCGUGGAAGGAGAGGCUAAAGUACCAAUUCAUUUUCAAAGCAAAAAGUCAAAGUCACUUACUUAGCAGGGAGUAGAAAUGAGUAGUUGUAGUUCAAGUGUAAUUUGAAGAUUCCGUACAAUUAUCCAUACUCCUACUCGUCAAAAAUCACUGCGAAUAUCCUGUACACAUUCUCAAGAACAAAUACUAGAGGGUCAAUGAACCAAUCAAUUUUUUACAUCUACCACACCAUUAUACGGCUUAGCCCUGGCACUACCUACAUACCUCAUUGUUAAGAUUUACUAUGAUAGCUCUGACAUCUUUACGAUGAAUACUUUGAUCCCUGAAUUACUAUGUGAGCUGUCGAAGUGAUGUAACUUUGCCUUGGUUCCGCAGUUGUGGACUUUUAUCUGAUAAUGAUUAAUUUUUUUUUAUUUUGUUGGUGUGGAUCUGUCGUGACUUCUUAGUGCUCGUGGAAGCUUUUAUGCAUGACCAAGUCAAAACCACAAAGACGAACCCGUUCCUGUGUAAUCAUGAAAACGUUCUCACAUACGCUUAUUCACCGAGAGGGAAAAAGAAC